CCUCACGAAGAAGAAGCCGCAGACCGGCGUUGUUGACACUUCUUGAAGCGACAAUGGCGACCGACGUGAGGCAGGAGCUGGCUCAGCUGAUGAAUUCAAGCGGAUCUCACAAAGAUCUGGCUGCCAAAUACCGACAAAUUUUGGAGAAAGCGGUUCAGUUCACAGAUGCAGACCAGCUUGAGUCCUUGAAGGCCUUUGUUGAAGCAAUGGUAAAUGAAAACGUCAGUCUUGUCAUCUCGAGGCAACUUCUCACCGAUUUCUGCACACAUCUGCCGAACCUUCCCGACGCCACGGCCAAAGCUGUGUAUCACUUCACUUUGGAAAAGAUUCAGCCGAGGGUCAUUUCAUUUGAGGAGCAGGUAGCCUCCAUCAGACAGCACUUAGCAACCAUUUAUGAAAAGGAGGGCGACUGGAGAAAUGCAGCCCAGGUUUUAGUUGGUAUUCCUCUGGAAACAGGACAGAAGCAAUACAAUGUUGACUAUAAAUUGGACACGUACCUGAAAAUUGCGCGUCUCUACUUAGAAGACGACGACCCGGUUCAGGCCGAGGCUUACAUCAACAGAGCCUCAUUGCUUCAGAAUGAGUCCUCUAAUGAACAGCUGCAAAUUCAUUACAAGGUGUGCUAUGCCAGAGUCCUCGAUUUUAGGAGGAAGUUCAUUGAAGCUGCACAGAGAUACAACGAGCUGUCUUAUAAAUCAAUUGUCCAUGAGAGUGAACGUCUAGAGGCACUGAAACACGCCCUGAACUGCACCAUACUGGCCUCCGCAGGCCAGCAGCGUUCCCGAAUGUUGGCCACUCUGUUUAAGGACGAGCGCUGUCAGCAGCUGGCAGCGUACGGUAUUCUGGAGAAGAUGUACCUGGACCGAAUCAUCAGAGGAAACCAGCUGCAGGAGUUUGCUGCCAUGCUCAUGCCUCACCAGAAGGCCACCACAGCAGAUGGUACUUUGUUCUCCGUCACAGGCUCCAGCAUCCUCGACAGAGCUGUGAUCGAACACAACCUGCUGUCAGCCAGUAAACUCUACAACAACAUCACGUUUGAAGAACUAGGAGCGCUGUUGGAAAUCCCCCCGGCAAAGUUUGUCUCUCUUCAGGCGGAGAAGAUCGCGUCCCAGAUGAUCACCGAAGGACGAAUGAACGGCUUCAUCGACCAGAUCGACGGCAUCGUACACUUUGAGACUCGAGAACCUCUUCCCACUUGGGACAAACAGAUCCAGUCUCUGUGUUUCCAAGUCAACAACCUCCUAGAAAAGAUCCGAGGUGCUGCUCCAGAGUGGGCCGCACAAGCUAUGGAAACCCAGAUGACCCAGUAGACCCCACUCUCCUCCUCCCCAACACUCCCAAUAUAAAUAUAUAUAUUAAAAAAAAAAUCUCCUUAAACGUCACCCCUCUGCCCCUCUGCCCAUCUGAACGUUUUAUCUUCCUGCUCAAAAAAUUGUCCCCCCCCCCCCCCCGCACAGAGAGGAGCUGGUUAAGUUUUGUAUUACGAAGCGCUGUGUUUUAAAUAUCUAAUACUGAAUGAAUGUUUCUCAGUAUAUAAAGAACAAGGAUUGACUUCAUUUGAGUUACUUGUAUGUGUCAUUAAAUAAAAAAAACAACUGUGCACAUGAUGAUUUGAAGAUGGUCGA